AUGAAACCUUGUAGCUCCUAUCACAAUGUUGACUUACCUGCCACGAUGCAGGUGGACCAACACUGGACAAAGAAAUAUCUCCCCACUGUCAUGUUGUGGGCUGGGAGUUACGACGAUAUCUGGAAUAUCCCAGACAAAGUCCUUCUCCUUCAUGCCCAGCUGAUUUUUAACGUGGUAUACAAGGACCUCGACAUUACCAUUGUUCACGGUGGUGUGAUACAUUCCCUGACUGCACAGCGUAUAUCCGAAUGGCACAGCAAUUUCGGCUCAACAGGCAUAGUCAUUAUCUUGGACUUCUUGACAUGA